UGAUAAUUAUGAUAUAUUUAAAAUAGUUAAAAGAUAAUAAUUUCAGAUUUAAAAUGGAGGAAGAUCCCGUUUUAACCAAUUUAAAGAUAUUGAUAAUCGGAGAAAGUGGUGUUGGAAAAUCUAGUCUGCUUCUCAGGUUUACUGAUGAUCAAUUUGACCCUGAACUAGCGGCAACUAUUGGAGUGGAUUUUAAAGUCAAGGUAGUGAAUAUAGAUGGGAACCGUGUCAAGCUGGCAAUAUGGGAUACUGCAGGACAAGAGAGAUUUAGAACUUUAACACCUAGCUACUACAGAGGCGGUCAGGGCGCCAUUUUGGUUUAUGACGUCACAUCCCGCGAAUCUUUCCAAAAGAUCGAAGAUUGGCUGAAUGAGUUGGAAACUUACUCUACAAAUCAUGAUAUCAAGAAAAUUUUAGUUGGAAACAAAUGCGAUAAGGAAGGUGAGCGUAUGGUAAGUCGUGAAGAAGGACAGAAAUGUGCGCGCAAGCACCAAAUGAUGUUUAUCGAGUCUUCUGCGAAGACGAAGGAGGGUGUGCAGACCGCAUUCGAGGAGUUAGUUGAGAAGAUUAUACAGACUCCUGGUCUCUGGGAGACGACUAGAGGAGGUAUCAGGGUUGCUACAUCAGAUAGAGAAGGUCAGGGGGAUGGAGGAUGUGCUGGUUACUGCAGUGUGUUAUAAGAGAUUUUAUUAAAUUUAAAAUGCAUUCUUGAAAUAAUGAAGUGUUCAAUCUUUAACAAAAAGUACAGUUUUUCUGAUAAAUAUGAUUAAUUUUAUAGUGCUUAAACUGUUAAUAUGCCAUAAGCAAUGAAUUUUUAUGGCAUAUUGAAAAUUAACCUUAAACCCUGUGUAUUAAAUGAUGUGCCUAUCAAAUCAGUGUGUUUGCCACUUAAGUAACAAAUAUUUUUUUUUUAAUUAAAUGAAUUAUUUAACCAGAAAAUAUACUUAUUUAAAAUGAUUUAUUGACCUAUUCACUAUUUUUAUAUUUUAUCUUCAAAGAUUUUUUUUCGGGACCCUUAUUAUAUUCUAAGCUAAUUGUAAAAAAAACUAAAUGUCCAAAUUUUUGUGAGCGCUAAAAGAAUCCCAGUAUCAUCAUGUUUUUUGAAUAAAAGUAUAUCUUGAA